GAAUCCCCGUGUUCUCAGCCCUGCAUGCGAGUCCGUGAUGACUCUUGUGUCCUGGUGCCUAUGCUGACUCCCAAGCUGAAUGUUGCGCUGGCUGCUCGGCAGGUCCCCGGUCUCCACCUGCAGAUCAUUCAUCGUAAUUGUCUCCUCCGUUGUCCUGAGCUCCUCAAGGGCACGGCCCAAGUCUUUCAUCUCCACUGUUCCCUGUCACCUGGCACGCUGCUGGCCGCUGGACUGACUCUAAGUGAACCACAGAAGGGCUUCAGCAGUCAGCGCCUGUCGGCCAAGGGUCAGAAACCUAACGUUCAAAACAGUACUUUCUCCCUCAUUUAG